AUGUUUUGGUGGAAGCGACACCUUCUGCUCUGCGACGUUUUCUGGCGGGAUCCUGCGAACUCCAUCAUCCCCUACAUCAAGUUCGUCUUCCUCGUCAAUCUCGGUGUUAUCUGGUCAGGCACUGAGUCUGAGCUGGAUGAGGUUCGCGGGCACCUGCAGUAUAUCCUUCCCAAAACCUCGCACCGUGCUGACUGGAAUAGCAUUCGCACUACCCUUCCAGCCCUUAACUGA